AGCUGCCAAUACCAGACGUGAUCCAAGAUCUCCAUCUGAUCAGAAACAUGACAAACUUCCAUUUCUACUUCGCCAGCUGUGCGCUGCUGCUGAUCCUGAGCACAUCCACGGGACUCCCGAUGCGCAAUCUGAGCCCGGAAAAUGACGCGCAAUGCCCACUGCUCUUCAAGGGCCUGCUGCUGGACAUCAAAAACGCUCUCAAGAGUGAGGAUUGGUGUUCCCCCAUCAUGUCUGACACAGUGGCGAUAAGGAGCAAAGCAGAGACUGUGUUGGCCUGCGCACCCAUUCUGGCUCAGAACUUUAGUUGUAUUGGCCAAAGAAAGUCAUCCUUCGAUGAGCUUGAAUGUCUGAGGAACAUCAUGAAGGACUUGGCCUACUAUGAUGCUCUUAUUCAAUCGUACCUCAAGUCCACCAUCAGGGAUCCUAAGGAAGAGGCUAAACUUUUGAGCCCAACUCUGGAGACAAUAAAAAGUCUGAGAGAGAAGUGCUCCCUGAAGGUGGAUGAAGAUGACGACUCCUCAGAGGAGGAUGCUGCCCAGAUGUGGGUCGAUAAUUCCUUCAACAACCGGCUAGAGAUGUGCAAGAUGAUGAGGGGCUUCUACGUCCGAACCAUCACCAUCAACCGAGCUAUGGGCUACAUCUCCUCAGGUGACCACAAGUGAAGAUCCUGCAGCCUCCUCAACAUCACCAUCACUCCAAUCAACAUCACAAUAUCUCUACUCAUUUAAUUUAUCACAACUAAACAAGCUGUCCCGAUCGUUCACUACCAUCGCUUACAACUACUGACCAAAUAGUGCUUUACAUAGAACUACUGCUCAGUCAUAAGCUAUCUGGCAAUCCUUCAGCUUCUUCACUCAGUGAGAGCUGACGGAAAGUCAAACUGUUGCUAAGGUUAGCAGACGAGGCCAUGUUGGCCAAUGAAUGUAUUCGAUAUUUGGGUAAAUGUAUUUAUUUAUUUAAGAUCUAUUUAUUGCAUUUAUUUAUUUAAUAUUUGAUGGCCAGCGGUGUUAU